AUGUUCAGCAACCACAGCUUCCUCCCUCCCACGUUCCUCCUGACGGGCAUCCCGGGACUGGAGGCAAGAAACAUCUGGGUCUCCAUCCCUUUCUGCUCCGCUUACGCCAUCGCUCUCUUGGGAAACAGCGCCGUCCUCCUGGUGAUUGUGAAGGACCGGAGCCUGCACAAGCCCAUGUACCUUUUCCUCUCCAUGCUGGCUGUGAGUGAACUGGGGGUGUCCCUCUCCACCCUCCCCACGGUGCUCAACGUCUUCCUGUUUGAUGCCAGGGAGAUUGGGCUUGACGCCUGCCUCGGCCAGAUGUUCUUCAUCCACUGCUUCUCCAUCAUGGACUCGGGCGUCCUCUGGGCCAUGGCCCUCGACCGCUUCAUAGCCAUCUACAAGCCACUGCAAUACGCCGCCAUCCUGACAAAUGCCAGGAUCUUCAUGAUAGGCUCAGGGGUUGCCUUGAAGAGCAUUGUCCUCCUGGCCCCGCUGCCUCUUCUCUUGCGGGAGCUGCCAUUUUGCAGGUCCAACGUCCUCGCUCACCCCUACUGUUUGCACCCUAAUUUAAUCCGGCUUCCUUGCGCAGACACCACGGUCAAUAGUCUUUAUGGUCUGUUUGUCUUACUCUGUACUUUUGGACUUGAUUCUCUGUUCAUCGUCCUGUCCUACACAGUGAUUGUCAAGACCGUGCUGAGCAUUUCCUCAAAGGAAGGGCGUCUCAAAGCCCUCAACACCUGCGUCUCCCACAUCUGUGCCGUUAUUGUCUAUUACACCCCAAUGAUCGGCCUGUCGAUGGUAUACAGGUUCGGCACACGCGCUUCUCCUCUGGUGCACUCCCUCAUGGCCAACGUCUUCCUCCUGGUUCCUCCGGUGCUGAACCCCAUCAUCUACAGCAUCAAAACCAAAGAAAUCCUCAAGGCUUUGGGCAGGCUUUUGUGUCGGAAGGUGUUCUGA